GGCAGCCGGCGCAGAGGCGGCGACGGCGGGAGUCGCUGUUGAGGCGGCCGCGGGCGCGGGUCGCGGCAGCUCAGCUCCGCGGGGACGGGCUGAGCUGGCAGCGGCUGGCACCUGACUGUGAGAGCUGGCUACAGGGGCGGACGAAAUGGCCCCCACCUAGGGCGGUGGGAGAAGCGGCUGAGGCCAGGAUGCCGGCUUGGCGGCUUGGCGGCUCCUCACUCAUCCCAGAUCUUGAUCAUCUUUCUGAAAUAGACUCUCCAUGGCCUGAACAUCUUCUGAAAGUCAUUUUAAACAAAAUAUCUGUUCAAUAAAAAGAUAAUCACAUCAAGAUGGUUGGAAAACUGAAGCAGAACUUACUAUUGGCAUGUCUGGUGAUUAGUUCUGUGACUGUGUUUUACUUGGGCCAGCAUGCCAUGGAAUGCCAUCACCGGAUAGAGGAACGUAGCCAGCCCGUCAAAUUGGAGAGCACAAAGACCACUGUGCGAACUGGCCUAGACAUCAAAGUCAACAAAACCUUUGCCUAUCACAAAGAUAUGCCUUUAAUAUUUAUUGGAGGUGUGCCUCGGAGUGGAACCACACUCAUGAGAGCCAUGCUAGAUGCACAUCCUGACAUUCGUUGUGGAGAGGAAACCAGGGUCAUUCCCCGAAUCUUGGCCCUCAAGCAGAUGUGGUCACGGUCAAGUAAAGAGAAGAUCCGCUUGGAUGAGGCUGGUGUUACUGAUGAAGUGCUGGAUUCUGCCAUGCAAGCCUUCUUACUAGAAAUUAUUGUUAAACAUGGGGAGCCAGCCCCUUAUCUGUGUAAUAAAGAUCCUUUUGCCCUGAAAUCCUUAACUUACCUUGCUAGAUUAUUCCCCAAUGCCAAAUUUCUCCUGAUGGUCCGAGAUGGCCGGGCAUCAGUACAUUCGAUGAUUUCUCGAAAAGUUACUAUAGCUGGAUUUGAUCUGAACAGCUAUAGGGACUGUUUGACCAAGUGGAAUCGUGCCAUAGAGACCAUGUAUAACCAGUGUAUGGAGGUUGGUUAUAAAAGAUGCAUGUUAGUUCACUAUGAGCAACUUGUUUUGCAUCCUGAACGGUGGAUGAGAACACUCUUAAAGUUCCUCCAUAUUCCAUGGAACCACUCAGUAUUGCACCAUGAAGAGAUGAUUGGGAAAGCUGGGGGAGUGUCUCUGUCAAAAGUGGAGAGAUCUACAGACCAAGUCAUCAAGCCAGUCAAUGUGGGAGCUCUAUCAAAAUGGGUUGGGAAGAUACCUCCAGACGUUUUACAAGACAUGGCAGUGAUUGCACCCAUGCUUGCCAAGCUUGGAUAUGACCCAUAUGCCAACCCACCCAACUAUGGAAAACCUGAUCCCAAAAUCCUGGAAAACACGAGAAGGGUCUACAAGGGAGAAUUUCAACUACCUGACUUUCUUAAAGAAAAACCCCAGACUGAGCAAGUGGAGUAGCGGAACAGGGAACCUCUUUUCACCACCCGAGGAGCCUGCCCUGCUUGUGUUGGGCCCCCAGCAGGGAAGGAGAUGGUGAUGGUACCAGGAAGAUGGACUAGCACUGCACACCUGUAACCACUUUCUGUUUUUUGCCCUAGGAAAGACUGCUUCCUUUUUAAUGGAAGGGAAAUUUCUAGGACUGCAGCCAGUCCCUGCUGAGCUCAAUGGAGUGUCUGCACUGUGGCCAUAUCUCUUCAUUUGCCAAUCUCCCCCACUAAGGGAUAGAGGUGUCUGCACACAUUCAGGCCUCCCAGAGUGAUCUGCUUCCUGAGUCAAGAGCUCUUGACCCUGAUUACGUGCACAGCCCUAUGAGAAGGAGCCCAGAAGCGACACACGCGUGCUUUUUGUUAAAACUGCUCCUGUCCUCAUCCUUUCUUACCAGAUUACAAACUUUGUUUUCAAGGGGAGGGUUUAAAAAUGGGAUGCUGUAAGCGAAAUUGGGCAGUUUCAUUUUGGAAUAGGUUGUCUAUCCAUGUUCUAAUGUUUUGUAGAACACGUGUGCCUGUUUAAAUGUAUCAAUGUGGAUAAUAUUAAAUAUCUUAAUUAUUUAAGUAAUUCAUUGUAUUGUUUCUGAGAAGUUGGGAAAUUACUGUUAUACAUUUACAACUUAAUGACUUUUGUAUUUUAUUUUUCAGAAUAAAAGCUUUAAGGUGUGAAGCA